AUGAACGGCCACUUUGCUGCUGUCGGCGAAGAGCCGGAUGCCCAGAACUACGAGCAUGGCAUCCAGGUCAUUGACGAUCAGAAGGACUUCAACUCCCAUGUCGCAACAUAUUUGCAAAAAGUGCGCGUCGCCGAGGCGGGGUUCAACUACCACCUCAUCUCCGUCUUCGGCUCCCAAUCCACCGGCAAGUCGACGCUGCUGAACAACCUCUUUGGUACCGACUUCUCCGUCAUGUCCGAGACGAUGCGCCAGCAGACUACCAAGGGAAUAUGGAUGUCCAAGAACAAGAAGGAAUCCGGCAUGGCCGAGAACAUCAUCGUUAUGGAUGUUGAGGGGACUGAUGGACGCGAGCGUGGCGAAGACCAGGAUUUCGAGAGAAAGAGCGCUCUGUUCGCACUGGCAACUAGCGAAGUCUUGAUCGUCAACCUCUGGGAGACACAGGUCGGCCUGUACAAUGGUGCCAACAUGGGCCUACUCAAAACCGUCUUUGAGGUCAACCUACAGCUCUUCCUCAAAGACAAGCAGUCGAGCUUGAGAUCACUCCUCUUCUUCGUAAUCCGAGACCACCUUGGCACGACGCCCCUUGCGAACCUGCGCAACACCCUGGUCCAGGACCUGACUAAGAUCUGGUCUUCCAUUUCCAAGCCGCAGGGCCUCGAAAAUUCGCGCAUCGAGGACUACUUCGACUUCGCCUUUGCCGCCCUCCCCCACAAGAUCUUGCAGGCUGAUAAGUUCACUACUGAGAUCCAGAACCUGGGGAGGAGGUUCACUGCGGGGCACCGCACGAGUGGGGCCAGCACUCAGGAGUUCGAUGGCGGUGUGUUCCUCCCCGAGUACCACCGACGCAUUCCCGCCGACGGCUUUUCGCUCUACGCUGAGGGCAUCUGGGAUCAGAUUGUCAACAACAAGGACCUGGACUUGCCGACACAGCAAGAGCUGCUUGCGCAAUUCCGUUGCGAUGAGAUCUCGAGGGAGGUCCUGAUUGGUUUCGAUACUGCCGUUGUACCGCUCGAGGAGAAGCAGUCCGAAUCUGCCAGAGCCGGUAAGCCCGCGGUACUGGCCGAUCUGGGUGUGACGGGACGCGAAUCUCGUGAGAAGUGUCUCAAGGCAUUCGAGAUUCAGGCCAGCAGGUAUCACAAGGGUGUUUACUCGCGCAAGCGCCAAGACUUGGAAGCUAAGAUCGACGGCCGCCUCAAGACGCUUUACAACGCACAGUUGUCCGCCGCUCACAAGGCCGCCAUUGCUUCCUUCAGUGAGCACGUUUCGGGUGCUGUCAAGGCUGGCCAAAAGUCCGGCGCGGCCUACGAAUUUGCUGAGAUCGUUACCGAGGAGAAGAAGAAGACGCUCGAGUUCUUCAAGACCGAAGCUGAGAGCCUCGCCAUCCCUGGCGUCGCUUGGUCCAACUUCAAGUCACAGUAUGUGUUGUUUGAGAAGGAGUUGGACGACGUGAGCGGUAAGCUGCGCAAGGAAGAGAUGCGCCGGUUGGCCACGAGGGUGGAGCGAUGGGUCAAGUCCCGCUUGGGCGAUGCGAUUGGCCUCGAAUUCAACAAGCUCGGCUCCGGUAGAGCUGGAUCCGGCGCCCCCGAGACUGGUGAGAAGCCUGCGGAGAAGGAUCUUUGGGAUCGUAUCUGGACCGUGUUUGUCGAUAUCGUCAAGGACGCACAGGGCAGGUUCACCGACCGUGCCAAGAGCUUCGAAGCUACCCAGGAUGAGGUCGAAGUUGGUCUCUGGCGCCUCAGGCGCAAGAGUUGGGUCGCCCUGCGCGAGAAGAUUGAGGAAGAGGUCAUGGAGGGCAACAUUCUGUUGAAGCUGAGAGAAAACUUUGAGGACAAGUUCAGAUACGACGAGGCUGGCGUACCAAGAAUCUGGAGACCUACAGACGACAUCGAGGGCAUCUACACCAAGGCAAGAGAGUCGACGCUGACGCUCAUCCCAUUGUUAUCAAAGUUCAAGCUUUCGGAAAGCUACGGACCUCCUGAGUUGCCUGCCUGGAUUGGAAAUCAACCCCGUGGAGUUGAGCCCAGCGACGAGGAAGACUUGACACCGAUUGGCGGUGUCGAUGAGGAGGAUGGCAAGAGCCUCGAGGAGGAGAUGACUGUUCUCAGCGAGAGCAAGCGUCAAGACCUCGUCAUCCGGUUCAAGAAGACCGCGGACGGUGUCUACGUCGAGGCCAAGCGUAGUGCCAUUGGCGGUGUCGCACAAGUACCCCUGUACUUCUAUGCUCUGCUGGUGGCUCUUGGAUGGAACGAGAUCGUUGCUGUCCUGCGCAACCCGUUCCUCUUCGUCUUCCUCAUCAUGCUCGCCGGAGGUACCUACGUCGCGUAUACGCUCAACAUGCUCGGGCCCAUGUACCAGAUGGCCAACGCGGCCGCCAACCAGGGUGUCGAAAUUGGCAAGGCGAAGCUGCGCGAGUUCAUUGAGAACUCGGACACGGCGCGGCAGGCGCUCGCCAUGCCCGCACGCGAUAGCGAUUCCAUCAGCAUGGACACGCUCGACAGCCGGGGCAAGAAGAAGAGCGCUGAGGAUGAUAUUGAUGACAUUUAG